ACGGAAUCUUCAGGCCCCUUCUAUCAUAAGAAAUGACAUAAUGGAACCGACAACACGUUUAUCGUUUUGAGUCAUCUGGUCGUUUUGAUUAGUGAAGAUCACCCGAUUCCCGGGCCUUCUGCCAUAAUGGCGACAAGAAGUCUCACUGAAGUGUUCAUUCUAAUGAGAAAUAAUGCCUUGCAAAGUCGCCACAUCUUUUCAGAACAAACAGCAGAUGACCGCAUGGCACUCAUGGGUUCUGCCUCUGUUGACCCUGAACUGGGGAUUGCUUCGACAAGGUCAUCUCGACUACCUCCAGAAUGGGUUGAUGGUGUGGAGGAGGUCCAAUUUGAAAUAUCCCGAAUCAAACAAAGAGUGAAGGAGUUGUCUGCUCUCCAUGACAAACAUUUGAAUCGACCAACAUUAGAUGACAGUGUAGAUGAGGAACAUGCCAUUGAGAUCCAGACCCAAGAAAUAACUCAGAUGUUUACCAGGUGUCAGAGAUUAGUCCAUUCCAUAGGCUCCAGAAGCUUGCAUGGGACCAACCAAGAGAAGCGUCUGUCAGCAAACAUUUUGUCAUCCUUAGCACGUGCUAUCCAGGAAAUGUCCACAAAUUUCCGGAAGAGUCAAUCAAAUUAUCUCAGAAAGUUGAAGACAAGGGAGGAGCGGUCACGACAGUAUUUUGGCACCAGUAUUGGUCCGGAUUCCAUGAUGGAGGAAGUAAAUAUUGCUGAUGAUGACAUGUACGACCGGGGCUUCACUGCUGACCAGAUCCUGCUGGUGGAGGACAACACAACAAUUGUGCAGACAAGGGAGAAGGAGGUGUCCCAGAUUGUCCGCUCAAUCAUGGAUCUUAAUGAAAUCUUUAAAGACUUAUCGUCGAUGAUAGUAGAUCAGGGCAGCCUUCUGGACAGAAUUGACUACAACAUAGAACAUUCCUCCGUCGCCGUCGAGAAGGGCCUGCAGCAGUUACAGAAGGCAGAAAAAUACCAAAAGAAGAACCGAAAAAUGUACAUAAUAAUCGUCUUGGCUGUCCUUAUCAUAUUUCUAGUCAUCGUAUUAAUUGCUGUAAAAAGUUAACAUUCAAUUUUGAUUUAGUCUUCAGGUAACUUAUGUUGUACUCUACAGAUUGUACAGGUUUGUAAAUAUAACUGACGGUGUUGCACAAAGUAGCAGGCCCUGGAUUAGCCGAGAGCUGUGAUGGCAGACAAGGGUCAAGACAAGACUUACAUGUUCUUAACUACAGGCUCCUACGGGUCUUGUCUUCAUGGUGGUCCCCCUUAAAGCUCUCAGCUAGCACUCGACCAGGGCCCCGUUCAACAAAGUGAUCUUAGCGCUAAGUCAAUCGUAACUCCCAUUCUUUAACACUGACUUACGACAAUCGUAGCUCUAAGAUCGCUUUGUGGAACGGGCCCAGGGCCCACUUGCACGAAAUGAUCUUAGCGCUACGACUGUCAUAAGUCUGUGUUCGAGUAUCAGAGUUAUAGCGCUAAGAUCAUCAUGUGAAGUGUACCCAGGACCCUGUUCCACAAAGGGAUCUUUACAAUACAACUGUUGUACCUUCCCUACCUUAAGGCAUCUUGUUUUAAUUACUUAGUUUAUGGAUACACUGAUGUAAACUUUAACAAAUAUGGAACAACAUGAGAAUUAUGAGGACCGUCAUGUUCCAUACGGCUCAGUCUGUUAAUACUUCUCUAAUUAAAUAUGUUAGGAUCAAGAGCAUAGGAUAACUGUCAAGGUCUGUAACCAUGGUAACAUAUAGUGUAUAAAAGUCUGUAAUAAAUGUAACUGUUGCUUAGUGGUUCCAGAAUGUGCUCUUUAAUGGUUGUGAAAGUGAUCAUUGGUUUUAUUAUUUUAACCCUACCAAUUUAAAUCUUCAGCAACCCAUGCUUGCAGUAAAAGGCGACUAUGCUUGUCGUAAGAGGCGACUAAUGGGAUCAGGUGGUCAGGCUCGCUGACUUGGU